AUGACUAAGGGAACAAGAACAAGAAGAGCUCCUAGAUGGCUAACUGAUUAUGUGGCUGGAGAAGAACUAACAGAUGAAGAAAAUGGCACAGAUGAAGAAAAUGGCGCUCACUUUGCUUUGUUCAUUAAUAGUGAUCCAAUCACCUUUGAUGAAGCUGUUAAAAGCUCAAAAUGGAGGAAAGCCAUGGGUGUUGAGAUUGACGCCAUCCAAAGAAACAAUACAUGGGAGCUUACUGAUCUACAUGUGGGAGGAAAAACUAUCGGAGUCAAGUGGAUUUUCAAAACAAAGAUCAAAGAAAAUGCUCGACAUGAUACCAUUCGAUUAGUAAUUGCUUUAGCUGCCAAAAAUGUCUGGGAUAUCCACCAACUUGAUGUAAAAUCAGCAUUCUUGCAUGGAGAAUUAAAUGAGCUAGUCUAUAUGGAUCAACCUAUUGGCUAUGAACAGAAGGGGCAAGAGCAAAAGGUUUAUCGUUUGAAGAAAGCUCUAUAUGGACUGAAACAUGCUCCUAGAGCUUGGUACAACCAUAUUGAAAGCUAUUUUCUGAAAACAGGAAAUGAUACAACCAUGAUCACUGAGUUCAAGACCUCCAUGAUGAAUGAGUUCGAGAUAACAGAUCUAGGAAAGAUGCAAUACUUCUUGGGUAUUGAAGUGAAGCAAUCUACAGAUGGAAUCCUUGUUGGGCAGAAAAAAUAUGCAAAAGAAGUGCUCAAAAGGUUUUGUAUGGAUGAUUGCAAUGUUGUACAAACCCAAUUGUUCCAGGAACCAAGCUCAUUAAAGACACUGAAUGACAAAAAGUUGAUAGCACUCAUUUCAAGCAGAUUGUGGGGAGCCUAA